CUCGACAUGCUCCUUUGACAAUAUCUAGCAGAUUUGAACCAUUUAAAUCGAUGCUAUCUCUCCCUCCAGCUCUACACGAUUGUUGUGGCCCAGACAAGAAAAUGAAGAACGCCGAUUUCUCGUUCGCUACUAGAGAAGAUUCAAAGGAGACGAAGACCCAGAUCGGCGACGAGAACGAUCCCCGUCGCCACGACCCUGCAUGCGCGCGUCCGGCGAGCAAAACCGCGGCAUCGGCCGGCGAGCCGCGCGAGGAGUCUCCUCCCCCAUCUCCAAGAUUACCAGAGCAUCGACAACCGCAGCCGCCGUUUGAGCAUAAUGCUCAUAUCGGUGAGGCCAAAGACGGCUUGGCACGGCCUCAGCCAGACAACGCGUGCAGCGGGCGGGAGAGGCUGAAGAGGCAUCGGGGCGAGGUUGCGGGCCGGGUCCCGAUACCCGACUUGUGGGGUCAAGAGAUCUUCUUGAAGGACUGGAUGGACUACUCAGCGUUCGACGCGUUUUUGGCACCGAAGGGGGUCGCCUCAGCCCGCGAGGUGCUGAUGGCCGAGGGGCGGCGGCGGCAGGCGACUUCGAAUCAGAGGCUGAAAAUAGAGGGCAGGUGUUGAUGAUGAGGGACCCUAUAAAUCAGGCCUGCGUUAAAACUUCAGUGAACUGCGGAUUUUCACUUCUUUUCUAUUGUAAUGAACGCUGUGGUUCCCGGCGAUUUAAUUCAUUCGAUCAGGCUGUUUCCUUGCUUGUCCUUGUGCAAUCGUAACGUUCGAGAUAUUAAGAAUCGAAAUUGUAAGCAGAAUUAAUUUCUUUCAUCUU